AUGAUCUGCAGCCGAUCGCUUUCCCUCACCCAAAGAAAGAAUACCGUGUCGCAGAAGACAUUGGACAACACGUUACAACGCAAAGAUCCGCAAACAGGCGAGGUGGUCAGUGUCAGUUCGCGUUGUGCUGAUAUGGAUGCCGAACUACCGGUUCAUUUAGGGGUACCAAAAGCCAUCCUUGAUAAUGUGAUUUUCUGCCAUCAAGAAGACAGUAAUUGGCCAUUAGCCGAACCUGGCACACUGAAGAAAAAGUUUGACGAGAUUUUGGCUUCCACCAAAUAUACCAAAGCGCUGGACAGUAUUAAAGAUAUUCGUAAAAAGAAGGCUCAGGAAAUUCGCGUAGAUCAAGUGAAAUUGGAACAGUUGAAAACCGAUAUUGAAAAGGCACAGAGACUGCGUUACAACAUUGACGACUUGCAAAAAAGAAUGGCAAACAAACAGGAGCAAAUUGCCACGGUGGAUCAGCAAUUGAACGAGACAGCUCAUGAGAUCGAUUCAUUACUGCAAGUUUUCCAGCGGGCCGAAGCGAUCGAGAGUCGGUUGGCACAAACACAACAUCAGAAAAAAAUGCUCCAAGAUACAAUGCAAGAUAUUGCCAAAAAUCUUACCGAGCGUCACGAAUCUGAUGAAGAGAUACGAGAACUGCUGACUCAAUAUCAAUCCCGCAGUAACACAGAUGAAGAGGCCAAGGAAGACCUCAUGUUCGAAAAGUCAAGAAUUGAGAGACAACUUCAAACUGCACGGUCCGCCAUCUCCGAAAAAUUAACCGCAGUUGGAAGAUUGGAAGCGGCGGCCGAGAGCAACGAGCAGCGGCUUCAGGAACGACGUCGGUUGCUGGAACAGGCCAACAUUGAAUUGGAUCUGGGGAUUUCGUCGUUUCAAGAUAUAGAAGGAUCCAUGGAAAUUCUGAGAAAUUUGGUGCGGUCCCGAGAAGAAAACCUGUCCAAAUUGAAACUGGAAGCUCGUCGCCAUCAAACCGAAUUGUCCAAUGCACUUCAAAAUUUGCGCAGCGAAAGAGCGGGCAUGGAACAAGGCAAUAAAUUUACAAAGCAGCAAAUGGAGCAAACCAAAGCCCUUAUCAGAAAGCUGGAUCUUCAAUUGGCCGAUCUCAGCAUUACAGAGACCGAUCUUGAUUUGGCUAAGAAAAAGUUAAGCAAGCAGGUAAAAAGGAAAAUACCCUAUAUGCGUUGUGUCACUAUCAUCGUUACUCAAAAGGCGCAAUCCUCUUCGCGCAAUAUGAAUGACUUGUUAAAUCAAAAGGAGCGUGUUCUGCGUGAUUUGGAUGAUCAAAUUCAGCAUCAGAUGCAGCGCCAGCCUACCUUGGAGUCUCUGGAAAACGACGUGAAGUCUUUGCUUCAGUCCAAAGCCGAUAAAGUGAUGCAGAAACAAACAUCACAGGAACAUAAGAGCAGAGAACUGUCGGCAGUCCAGGCACGACUUUCACUGGCACAGAAAAAUUUGGAUGAAAAGCGAAAAGACAGUCAAGAGUUGGAGCAAAAUAUACAGACUGUGUGCGGAAGCACGUCCGUCCCAGAAGAAUUGGACCAACUUGAUCACACUUUGCAGGAUUAUCGAGAAAAAAUUGCGGCAUUUGGCGGAGCCGAACUCAUGUAUAAGCGAUUCUUGAAGCGUACGCAGCAAGACAGUCACUGCCCUCUCUGCGUCCGACGGUUCAGUGCAGAUGAUGAACUGACCGCUUUCAUGAAAAAGCUUGAAACCACCAUGGCCAAGAUUCCUGAUCAACAGCGGGAACUCAAGAAAGCCUUGGCCGAGUGCGUUCAGCGACAGACGCGUGUUAAAGCGCUUUCAGGGCCCUGGGAAAAGCUGCAAACCGUUCGUCAGGAGAUUGACGAUCUUCGAGGAUCGGUGAAAGCUUACGAGAAAGAAAAGAACGAAGCUGCGCGGGAAGCAGAUGGGUUAAGCGAUGAGUUAAUGGCGCUACAGUCUGAGAAACAGCAAUUGGAGUCGUUACUGAAGCGGUCUGAAGAAGUGAGUCGGUAUCAGCGCGAGUGCAAGCAGCUGGAAGAAGAGAUUGGUCGCUUGGAAGCUGAAUUACGAAAAACGGGGUCCACACGGACCGUGACGGAAUGUCAGAAUGAAAUUGAAGCGCUUUCCGAUAAAAGGUUGCGCCAUCAAUUGCAGCAGCAAUUGAAACAAGCGCAUGAUGAAUCCAACGAGGCCUCAAAGAAAAUCAAGGAAUUUGAUCAGAAAAUCGAACCGUUCAACGAACAAAUUGAACGGGCUUCCACCAAGCUUACGCAAGCUCAGAAUUCGUGGCAGACAAAGCAAGACGAAGGGGCAACAUUGGUGAAUCAAGCGCGACAAAAUCUGUCUCGGUUACAGACCCUCAACGAGCAGAUUAACCGGUUUGAAGAAAACAUGGGAAGGGAGCAUCUGGAAAAAUUGUUGAACGAAAGACGAAAUUUGGAAACCAAAGUGACCGAUCUACUGGGAAAACAGGAUGUCACCGAACAAAAAAUCCGGGCUCUUGAAAAAGAACUGUUGGACCGCAAAGGAAUUGAAAGAGAACUGAACGACCACUUGCGAUACCGUUCCAUGAAGCAGCAGUGGAAGGAUUGUGAUCGUCAACUCUCGGAAUUGCGGGUCGAACAACAGCAGUUUGAGAAAUCGAGCUACGAACGGCAAUUACAAAAACUGCAAGAUACCCAAGCCAAAUUAAUAGACUCGCGUGGCCGACUUCACGGCGAAGUUCGACAGAUGAAGGAUCAGAUUGACCGCUACAAGGGUGAUUUGACCACCGAUUACAGCAACGUGGAAGACAAUUAUCGGCGACAAUUUAUUCAAGUGAAAACCAACGAAAUGGCGAUUUCGGAUCUUGAGAUCUACAGUAAAGCUUUGGAAGGCGCCAUUAUGCGUUAUCAUUCACUGAAAAUGCAAGAUUUAAACAAGAUUAUCCGUGAUCUGUGGGUCAAUACAUAUCAAGGCGGUGAUAUCGAUUACAUCGAAGUACGAUCCGAUAAUGAGGGAUCAGCGAGCAAUCGAUCUUACAACUAUCGUGUUGUCAUGAUAAAGAAUGGCAAAGAAUUAAAUAUGCGUGGUCGAUGUAGCGCAGGACAAAAAGUGUUGACCUCGACGAUUGUCCGGUUAGCACUAGCGGAAACAUUCUGUAUUCAUUGCGGUAUUCUAACGCUCGAUGAACCUACCACCAAUUUGGACCGCGAGAAUAUCGAAAGUCUAGCGGCUAGUCUUGGAAGGAUUAUUCAAACGCGAAGAGCUCAGUCUAAUUUUCAGCUGAUUGUAAUCACUCACGAUGAGUUAUUUGUCGAAUACUUGGCACGCUCCGAUGUCACCGACUUUUAUUAUCGCGUAUCCAAGGACGCAAAGUAA